AUGUGCCCGGAGGAGGGCGGCGCGGCCGGGCUGGGCGAGCUCCGCUCCUGGUGGGAAGUCCCGGCCAUCGCGCACUUCUGCUCGCUCUUCCGCACCGCUUUCCGCCUGCCCGACUUCGAGAUCGAGGAGUUAGAAGCAGCUCUUCACAGAGAUGAUGUAGAGUUUAUCAGUGACCUGAUCGCCUGCCUGCUUCAGGGCUGCUAUCAACGAAGGGAUAUCACGCCUCAGACAUUCCACAGUUACUUAGAGGACAUCAUCAACUACCGCUGGGAGCUUGAAGAAGGGAAACCCAACCCUCUGAGAGAAGCCAGUUUCCAAGACCUGCCCCUUCGAACUCGUGUGGAAAUCCUGCACCGCCUCUGUGAUUAUCGGCUAGAUGCAGAUGAUGUGUUUGAUCUUCUCAAGGGUCUGGAUGCAGACAGUCUCCGUGUGGAACCAUUGGGCGAAGACAGUUCCGGAGCACUCUAUUGGUAUUUCUAUGGAACACGAAUGUAUAAGGAGGACCCGGUUCAAGGAAAAUCCAAUGGAGAACUCACGUUGAGCAGGGAAAGUGAAGGACAAAAAAGUGUCUCCAUUGUUCCUGGGAAAACAGGAAAAAGAAGAGGAAGACCCCCAAAACGUAAGAAACUUCAGGAGGAGAUUAUAGUGAGUGAAAAGCAGGAAGAAAACUCCUUGGCAUCUGAGCCACAGACAAAAAAUGGGCCAGGUCAAGGCACUUGGUGGCUCCUGUGCCAAACAGAAGAAGAAUGGAGACAGGUUACUGAGAGUUUUCGGGAGAGGACCUCCCUUCGAGAACGGCAGCUCUAUAAGCUCCUCAGUGAAGACUUCCUGCCUGAGAUCUGCAACAUGAUUGCCCAGAAGGGAAAGCGUCCACAGCGCAUAAAAGCACAGUUGCAACCUAGGUGGAUGUCUGACCACCUGUCCAUCAAAUCCAUCAAGCAAGAGGAGACCCCUGUACUUACCAGAAUAGAAAAGCAGAAGCGCAAAGAGGAGGAAGAAGAACGUCAGAUUCUUCUGGCAGUGCAGAAGAAGGAGCAGGAGCAGAUGUUAAAGGAGGAGAGGAAGCGAGAGCUGGAGGAAAAAGUCAAGGCAGUGGAAGAUCGAGCAAAGAGAAGAAAGCUCAGAGAAGAAAGGGCAUGGCUGCUAGCCCAAGGGAAGGAGCUCCCCCCAGAACUUUCCCAUCUGGACCCUUAUUCCCCCAUGAGAGAAGAAAAAAAGACUAAAGACAUCUUUGAGUUGGAUGAUGAUUUCACUGCCAUGUAUAAAGUUCUAGAUGUGGUAAAGGCUCACAAGGAUUCCUGGCCCUUUUUAGAACCUGUGGAUGAGUCGUAUGCCCCAAACUAUUACCAGAUUAUUAAGGUCCCCAUGGAUAUUUCAAGCAUGGAGAAGAAACUGAAUGGAGGUUUAUACUGUACCAAGGAGGAGUUUGUGAAUGACAUGAAGACUAUGUUCAGAAAUUGUCGAAAAUAUAAUGGAGAAAGUAGUGAAUAUACCAAGAUGUCUGAUAAUUUAGAGAGGUGUUUCCAUCGGGCAAUGAUGAAGCAUUUUCCUGGUGAUGACGGAGACACAGAUGAAGAAUUCUGGAUCAGAGAGGAUGAAAAGCGAGAGAAGAGACGUAGCCGGGCUGGACGAAGCAGUGGAAGCCAUGUCUGGACCCGCUCCAGGGAUUUGGAAGGGCCCAGCAAGAAGCAACAGCCAGUGGAGAAUGGAGGAAAGUCAUUGCCACCUGCACGGCGAGCUUCUUCUUCUGGGGAUAAUCAUAGCAGCAGUUCCUCACAACUCCCUCGGGAGGUGGGCACUUCAAAUACCCGAGGCUUUUCUCGUCCCCUACAUUAUGGUGGGAUGCCCAACCAGGCACCCCUUUUAAACCAGAUGAAGCCAGCAGUACCAGGAACAUUUGGCCCUCUUCGAGGAUCAGAUCCUGCCAAUUUAUAUGUCUCCUCUAGGGUCCCAGAACCACACCCUGGAGAACCUAUACAGCAGCAUCAGCCUUUUGCCAUGCAGCCUCCAGUUGGAAUUAACAACCACCGAGGACCCAGGCUAGGGACACCAGAAGAGAAGCAAAUGUGUGGGGGGCUGACACACCUUACUAACAUGGGAUCACAUCCUGGAUCCUUACAGCUUAGGCAAAUGGGUGGCCCCAGUCAGGAUGGAAAUAUUUAUCCCCCUACUCAAUUCCAGUCAGGAUUUAUUCCUCCUAGGCAUGGUGGGGCUCCAACUCGACCCCCAGACUUUACUGAAAGCUCAGAAAUUCCUCCCAGUCACAUGUACCGAUCAUACAAGUACCUGAAUCGAGUACACACUGCUGUCUGGAAUGGGAACCAUGGUGCUACAAAUCCAGGAACCUUGGGCACAGAUGAGAAGCCCCCCAUGGGGCCAGGACCCUCUCACCAGCCUCGUACUCUUGGUCAUAUGAUGGAUUCUCGAGUGAUGAGACCUCCUCUCCCCACAAACCAGUGGACUGAACAAUCAAGCUUUCUACCUCAUGGAGUUGCUUCUUCAGGGUAUAUGCGACCACCCUGUAAAUCUGGUGGACAUCGGUUACAGCCACCUCUGGCCCCAACGCCAAGUUCUCUUUUUGGAGCACCCUCCCAGGCUCUGCGAGGGGUACAAGGAGGGGACUCCAUGAUGGACAGCCCAGAGAUGAUUGCCAUGCAGCAACUUUCUUCCCGAGUUUGCCCACCAGGUGUGCCUUACCACCCCAGACAGCCUACACCCCCCCAUUUACCUGGCCCUUUUCCACAGGUAGCUCACUCAGCAUCAGUAAGUGUGUCAGCCCCCAAGCCUACCUUGAGGAACCCUGGGAGGACACAGGAGAACAGUGAAACACAAGAGCCUGAGAAUGACCGAGCAGAUCCCUUGCCUGGGCUUGAGCAGAAACCACCAAACAUUGGUGCUUCAGAGGGAAUUUACCUCAAACAACUACCUCACCCUACACCUCCCUUGCAGACCGACUGUACCAGGCAGAGCUCGCCACAGGAAAGGGAAACAGAGGGCCCAGAGCUCAAAAGCGACUCCUCAGAAUCUGGAGAAAACUGUAAAGCAACAAAGAGCAAGAAUGCCUGGCCCCCAGAGAGCAACUAUACCAGCCCAGCCACUCAAGGAUGUAUGCAAGACCUCUCCACUCUGGCAGAUAGAGGGGUUCUAGCUGAAAAUGGAGUGAUUGUUGAAGCAUCCCCUUGUGGAUCAGAGGGGAAGGGCCUUGGUGGUAGUGAUUCAGAAAAGCCACUCUGCCCCAGAGGCAAAACGCUACAGGAAACCAUGCCAUGUACAGGACAGAACCCUGCUACACCUCCCAACACAGACCCCAAUUUGCUGGGGGGCACCGUAAGCCAGUUUUCUCCCUUAUACAUGCCUGGCCUGGAAUACCCAAAUUCAGCCACACAUUACCACAUCAGUCCAGGUCUGCAAGGUUUGGGCCCCAUGAUGGGAAGUAAACCCCCAAUAUCCCAUCCUCAGCAUUUUCCCCCUAGGGGCUUUCAAUCUAAUAACUCUCAUUCUGGAGUCUUUCCCCGGUAUCGUCCCCACCAAGGAAUGAGGUAUUCCUACCAGUCACCGCCUCAGCCUUCCUACCAUCACUAUCAGCGAACUCCUUAUUAUCCGUGUCCGCAGGGCUUUUCUGACUGGCAAAGACAUAUUCAUCCCCCAGGAAGCCCAAGUGGGCUCCCACCUAAUCCACCUCCCCCACCAAGGCCCCUCUUCUCAGAUAAGAGUACCUUGGCUAAUCUGCAAGGCUGUGAGACACUGAAUGCUGCCUUAACUUCCCCAACCCAAAUGGAUGUGGUGGCUGCUAAAGUAGUCUCAACUGAUGGGCAGAAUCCUGGUCCAGAGGAAGAGAAGCUGGAUGAAUCGAUGGAGAGGCCAGAGAGUCCAAAAGAAUUUUUAGACCUGGACAACCAUAAUGCAGCUACCAAGCGGCAGAGCUCAUUGUCAACCAGCGAGUACCUUUAUGGAACUCCUCCUCCACCUCUGAGUUCAGGAAUGGGAUUCGGUUCAUCUACUUUCCAACCCCAUGGUGUGAUGCUACAGACAGGGCCUCCUUACACACCUCAGCGGCCAGCCAGUCAUUUCCAGCCUAGGCCUUACUCUUCCCCUGUGGCUCCUCACCCACCUCAUCAUCCAGUGGCUGCCCAGCCCAAUGGCCUCUCUCAGGAGGGCCCUAUCUAUCGCUGCCAGGAGGAGGGCCUGGGUCACUUUCAAGCUGUAAUGAUGGAACAGAUUGGCACUGGAAGUGGAAUAAGGGGACCUUUCCAGGAAAUGUAUAGGCCUUCAGGAAUGCAAAUGCAUCCAGUCCAGUCACAGUCCUCGUUCCCAAAGACCCCAACACCAGCAACAUCACAGGAAGAGCUGACACCACAUAAGCCCCCAACACUUCCUCUUGAUCAGAGUUAGUCCAAGGACGAAAUAAACCCCAAGGAAACAGAAAGCUGCACAUGAAGACUGGAACAUGGAGAAUUUAGGGAAAUGAUCCCUGCCCAUCUCUGUUCCUGUUAGCCUGCCACACCCCUUCACAGUGCAUCACGUCCUGCCAUCCAAGAGCUGAAGCCUUUCCCAGAGCCUUGGAAGCAUACUUCUUAGACUAACACCAAUUUACAGGGGUCCUUGGUUGGGGAUCUCUCGUAUGGCCAAUAGUCGAGAACAAAUUGAACUGAAAUUAGUAAUGGCUUGUCUAAGUCCUGAGACUCUUGUUCAGGGAAAAUUAUCUUAACCUUGGGGGAGGGGGGGUCAUACUUAAGAAUGGAGUGGUGCUUGUAAACUUUCAUGAGCAGCUAACUCAGGUAUAUAUUUGGGGAAAGGACUACUCGUAGUAUUAAUGUGUUUGGAGCUGGGUCCAGUUUACAGAAUUUUCAUGUUGCCUUUUAAAAAUAAUUUUUGUUGUUGGUGGUGAAUGUAUUGUAAAUAAGUGGGAAGGGUGGGUGGGGAUGUGGAAGAAAUGGAAGUCCUAACUGUGGUGGGCAUGCAGCACUAGAGUGAUCCUUAUCUGUUUACAAUCAUGUCACACUGAAUACUUUUGGGAGCUGGAGAAGAGGGUAGGAAAAGUUUACUCUUGUAAAAUGUCACUGUUUCCUCAGUGGCCAGCAGUCCCUUGUGAGUUGAAGGCCUCCUUUCUAAGCAGCACGAGAGGGUGCCAUUGCACUGCCCCCUGAUUGUUGAGUUUCUGAGUUUGGAGGCAGAGUGCUCUCACACAGCCUACCAGAGGCAUCAGCCUAGAAGGCAGGCUGCUCUCUCAUCCAGUGGCCCAAUCCCUGGAUUUCAGAGAGCGGUGCCCUUCCUGAUUUGCCAUCAGCCCUACCAGAUAGGUGUAAACCAGUAUCAGGAAUUCGGAUCACUAGUGUUUUGCUUAUUAGAAUAUAAAAUGAAUCGUCCUCUUCACAGACCUGCCAGGACUGUGAACUGGUAGACAUCACACAAAGCUUUCUGGCACGAAUCACAUUUUGUGGAAGUGACUACUCAGGUUUGUAUAUGUUAGUAUCAAUAAAGAAAUUGCACAGUUUUGAAUAGGAAAAAUGUAUUCUAUAGAUUUACAGUUUGAAUUUAGGAAUUUCAAUAUAUAUAGUUUGAAUUCAUUUUAAGUGAAUCAUAGUAAAAUAAGUCAUGGUGAUUUAAAAUAGCUUUCAGGAACGAGUUCUUGGAAAUCAUUUGUCAUAUCUAUGAUAGGAAACAAUUUUACAGUAUUAAAUUACUUUGUUACAGUUUUAGAAGUGAAUUACACUGGAUUGUCCUGUUUAGCAUUCUAUAUUUGAUUUUAGCUGAGAUACCACCAAAGUUAGGACUCCUAUGUUUUAAAGUUUUUAAUAUCCCACAAAGAAAACAAAAAACUAAGGAAAAAUGCCCUGAGAUUACAGAUUUUUGUAAAGAAUAGCAUAUAUUAAGCAUGCCUUUGGGAUAGUAGAUAAGCUUCCAUAUAAUAUCAAUCUGCCCUAGUUUCUUACAAAUUCAGCCUUGUGAGGGUCCAUUAGAAUCUUUCUCUCCAAUUCCAGUCCUUGAUGAAACGUGGAACUAUCAUGUUUAAAGUUUGCUAAGCCUAUGCUAUUAGGAAAAGAAACAAAUUAGAAACAUCCAUGUUAAACAGAUGGAACCCAAGACACCAGCUCCGGUGUAAAGGAAAUUCAUACAAAUAAGGGAAUGCUAAUUGACCUGGCAUUGUGGCUUAAGGCUCAGGCAGGAGCCUUUAAGAUAAAAUGCACAAAAAUGUGAAUUUUUUCAGUUUUAAAUUUGGUGUGCUUUUUAAGUGGAGUGAGUUUUGAGGUUGUGUUCUCAUUUGGUCCGAAUUCUUGUUAGAAACUAUCACUGGCAUAAUCUGGUUUGGAAGAAUGAAGGGGUCAGCGCUGUCCCUGCAGGAAGAACAGAUUUGAUGGUUCAGCUCUUGAGCUAGUGUGAGUUAACAUGGCCGAUGCAUUACUACUUCUGGUUUUAUGUCUGCAUAGAAGCAGGGAGGAGAGACCAACUGGUCUUUACGGCUGGCUCGGGUCUGGUUAGAGCUGGUCUGGACCCAGAGCAUCUCGCUGCUGACAGCCUUUCUCUUCUCCCAUGAAAGUUGGUUUGAGUGAGAGGCCUUUAGCUGCUGCCUAACUAGGAUCACAGCGACAGGUUCUGUUCCCCUGGUGCUGAGGUUGGAGGCCUUGCUUUGUGCUGAAUGACCCUGGGGCCUGGGGAGGAGUGGACCAUAAGCAAUAGUUGGGCUGACCUGUCCCACUCUGCUCGAGGUAACCUUUUCUCCUCACUCUCCCAGCCUCUUAGUCCGUUACUGUCGCUAGACAGAAGCUGUGAACAAUAUUAGGAAGAAAUCUGUAGAUUCUUUUAUCCUUAACCUCCCUUCUUUAGGAUGUAGAGAUGUGAGGAAAUAUUAAGGAAGAACAAUAUCAAGGGUUGAACUACUGUAUCUUACCAUAACUCUGGGAACGAGGGCAGCAGCAAAUGUGGCAGCCUUGUUGCAUCCCAUGUGGGAGUUGGGUCAUGCAUUACAGGUACCAGCGCUUCAGCCCUUGUCUGCUACAUCCUGAACUUUUACUGGUCUUUGAAGUGCAGAUCUGCUAAAAGUCGUCAGGAGCUACAAGAUUGCAGGAACACAUGUGACGUUGAGCUGCUGUGAGCCACGGAUCUGCUCUUCCCAACCCCCAACAGCACCUUUUCUUCUCUCCCGUCUUUCUGUUCUGGCACUUGUGAAGUGUCUUAAGCAGAUGCACAUGCAUUUGCCAUCUUCUCCAUGAGGGGAUGAUGGUUAGCAAAUCACUGUAUAACUAGCAAGUAGUGUGUGAGGAGGUCCUAAAAAUGAUGUGCUGUCGGCCUAGAAGGACUUUGACAGGGUGGGUCACUGCCACCUUGUCCAUGUGCCAGCUCUCAGGAGUCCCCAGCAGGGUUAGCUGGGAGCCACGAGUAAUGAGGAAACCCUGACACCUGUUUGAUUUAACAGAUGUGGCUAGCCUUUGUUAGAGUCGUUAUUAAGUUAGAAUCUUUUUUUCCCCUAAGAUCCAAGAGACAUAAACGACCCAGAAAAAAGUAAAGCUUUUUGGAAGGUUUCUGGUUUGGGGUUUUUUUUUCCCCUCAGAGUCUGUUUGUUUAAAAAGUAGCUGUUGGCUGAAAUUUAUUGUGGUAGAUGCAUGUGAAGAGUAGUAAGUAAGGCCAAAAUGUGCAGAUUCUUUUUCAUAAAACUUCUUCUAUCCCACUUUCUAAAAAUAAAAUUAAAAGCCACUCUGCCCCUCCUUAAUCACGUCGGACACGUUCUGGCAGUGCACGUGAGCUUCUUAUUCAUGUUUCUUUAUUCUCCAUGAGCCCAAGUCAGACUGCUCUCAAAAAGGCAAAACUCAUGCUCAUCUUUAGUUUUAUGUUUAUUGAAAACCUGAAGACCUGUAGUGUGUGUGUGCACCUUAGUUCACUCAGACCUUAGCUUUCAGUGUCGAUUCAUCAUGGCACUCAGACCUUGAAAGUGCUUCUCAUGACUAACCAUCAGGUGUCAUUCCCCCAUGGCAUUUGUCUGCUGUAUUCUUAUUUAUGGUGAUUCCUACUGGAGUCAAAGAGAAUGCUAAGUGCUGUCCAAAACACACAAAAUCCCAGUGUUGCUGUCAUCACAGAUGUCAGAAACAAGCUCCCGACCCAUACGACUUGGUUGAAUUUUUCUUCCUUUUUUUCUCUUUAAUGGAAGUUCAAAUUUAUAAAUACUACUGUACUACUCUCAAGACCUAAUUUGAAAUUUCACAGGAAGUCUUAACCCAGCAGUCCCAAGGACAGUUACAUAGUGUCAGAAUGCUGACAUACUUUCAGAACAACUAUUUUCAAAGAAAUGAAAGGCUUAGAGUUUUCUAGCAUGGUUGCUGUUCCCCCUAUGGUUAUCUGUCCGCCCAUUCACCCCUGCUCAGUCUGCAGCGACCUCCAUGGAGGAAGUCAGCUCAUGUGUGUGUGAGUCCAGGACAGUUCUCCUUUGGGGGUUUCUGGAAUGCAGUGUUCCUGCUGAGAGCUUUCUGUUCACCACUCCUGGGAGAAUACUGGGCAUUGUGUUGAGCACGCAGAGGCUUUUAUUCCUGGGCUCACAUCACUGUCUAGGAACUACAAAUAUGAUUGAGACUUGCUGCAUAAGAAGAAACCCCUUUUCCUGUCUUGGUGGGUUGGACUCUCUCUUUAAUUUGGAACCUUAGGACACCAAGCCUUGCCCUGCUUUUAAUUCUGUUAAUUAAGUUAACAGAACUUGAGUGGACAUUUCUGCAUCCCAUCUCUCACGUGAAGCUGUGACACAAGCUUUGUCUCCAGGUUAGGUGUUCAUCUGUCUCUGCUUUGUAGGCCUUUGCGAAACAGAAAUCUAGGAGGGCUGUCGCCCCAGAUAGUCAAUGUUUCUCACUGUAUACCACGGGACUGACUGAACUUUGAUAUGUAGAAAUGGCUAAUAACCAACUGACUUCCUGCAUGGGUUUUGAAAAAGGGUGGGAUGGGGUUGGGAACAGGGGGUGUGGAUAUUGAGUAAAUUAUUGAAAUGCUGAACCCCAUUGAAUAUCCUUUGUGUGACCCUGUUUGCCUAGCUGGGACUCGGGUACCUCACUCUCCUGGGAGCCCAGGCCAGUCUCCACCACACAGUGUCAGGGAUUCUUUCCUUCUGCUGCAAAAGCCGUGUGAACUUUCCUGGCCAGUACUGGAAAGGGGAAUGCUAUUUAUUUUUAUAUUGUGUAUAUUUUGUCGUGGUCUGCUGAUUCCCUGUUUCACUGAGAGCGACACUUACCUCAGUAGUUAGUUCGAUACUGUGUGUUGGAUAAUUUUUUAAAAGAACUUUUUAAAAAGCUUUUUGAUCCUCAGAGGUCUGUAGAUUUAUUUCCAUAUGAACUGGUUAUUUUGUAUAAAGUACAUUCUUAAAAUAGCAA